GCCUCAAGUAGACAUUCUAGUUUCCAGUUGUAGUCUAUGGCGGCGAGUGCUUUCUCCGUGCUUUUCUACUACCUCUUUUCACCAAGUUUCCGGAACGUUCCUUACGCUUAAGGGAUUCUGGGAGGUUUAUUCAUUAGCCGGCUUGACAGCUGUUUUCACUAACCGUGCUGUAAAAUGAUGCCAACACCUGUUAUAUUGUUGAAGGAGGGAACAGAUACUUCCCAGGGUACUCCACAGCUGGUCAGUAACAUCAAUGCCUGUCAAGUUAUAGCGGAAGCUGUUCGUACUACACUUGGUCCACGUGGCAUGGACAAGCUGAUUGUUGAUGACAGAGGGAAGGCUACAGUCUCAAAUGAUGGUGCAACUAUCUUAAAGCUACUUGACGUUGUACACCCUGCAGCUAAAACACUAGUUGACAUUGCCAAGUCUCAGGAUGCAGAGGUUGGCGAUGGUACCACAUCUGUUACUCUCUUGGCUGCAGAGUUCUUAAAACAGAUUAAAUCAUAUGUGGAAGAAGGUCUGCACCCCCAGGUCAUCAUCAGAGCUUUCCGGACUGCUACAGAAUUGGCAGUGAACAAAAUUAGACAAAUUGCUGUGUCAGUGAAAAAAGAAGACAAAAAUGAACAGAGACAUCUUCUAGAGAAGUGUGCUGCUACAGCUCUGAGCUCAAAAUUGAUUGCCUUGCAGAAGGACUUCUUUUCUAAGAUGGUGGUUGACGCAGUAAUAAUGCUAGAUGAGCUCUUGCCUCUUAAAAUGAUUGGAAUAAAAAAAGUACAGGGUGGAGCUUUGGAGGAAUCUCAGCUGGUAGCUGGUGUUGCUUUUAAGAAAACAUUUUCUUAUGCUGGAUUUGAAAUGCAGCCCAAGAAAUACGAAUCUCCCAAAAUUGCCCUCUUGAACAUCGAAUUGGAACUAAAAGCUGAAAAAGACAAUGCAGAAAUAAGAGUCAACUCAGUCGAGGACUACCAAGCCAUUGUUGAUGCUGAAUGGAACAUUUUGUAUGAUAAGCUGGAAAAGAUAAACUUGUCUGGUGCCAAGGUUGUCCUAUCCAAACUUCCCAUUGGAGAUGUCGCCACACAGUAUUUUGCAGACAGAGACAUGUUUUGUGCAGGCAGAGUUCCCGAGGAAGAUCUUAAGAGAACUGUGAUGGCAUGUGGUGGCUCUAUCCAAACCAGUGUUAAUUCCUUGACUGAUGAGGUACUUGGAGAGUGCACAUUGUUUGAGGAAGUUCAAAUUGGAGGAGAAAGGUAUAACAUUUUUAAAGGUUGCCCCAAAGCAAAGACUUGCACCAUUAUAUUGCGAGGAGGUGCAGAGCAAUUCAUGGAGGAAACUGAAAGGUCCCUACAUGAUGCCAUUAUGAUAGUCAGAAGAGCAAUUAAGAAUGACUCUGUUGUUGCUGGUGGUGGUGCUAUCGAGAUGGAAUUGUCCAAAUAUUUAAGAGACUAUUCUAGGACUAUCCCUGGAAAACAGCAGCUUCUGAUUGGAGCAUAUGCUAAAGCUCUUGAGAUUAUUCCUCGCCAGCUGUGCGAUAAUGCAGGUUUUGACGCUACUAACAUUCUUAACAAACUAAGAGCGAAGCAUGCACAGGGUGGCUUAUGGUAUGGAGUAGAUAUCAACAAUGAAGAUAUAGCAGAUAAUUUUGAAGCCUGUGUCUGGGAGCCAGCAGUAGUAAGAAUAAAUGCAUUAACAGCAGCAUCUGAAGCAGCCUGUCUGAUAUUGUCCGUUGAUGAAACCAUCAAAAAUCCACGAUCCACAGUGGAUGCACCACCAGCUGGCAGAGGGCGAGGAAGGGGUAAAAUGCCUGGUCAUUAAUACCUCAGAAUCUGAAGUAGACCUGUCUGUUGGAACUCCUGAAGUGUAUUUUUUUUAUUACCCUUGCAUAUUAAAGACUCUCUGUUUGAAAAUCCAUGCAUGUUUACAAGAUGCUUCACAGAAGAAAAAGCAGCAACUUCAUACUGGUUAGCUUGUUGACUGUUCUUUAUUAACUUUGUGAGCUGCAGCACUGUGAUUACACCGGCAGUUUGAGUUGUAUCUGAAGCAGAAAUGGCUAUGAAUAUAAUUUUGUUGAGGAAAAAUGUGGACGUACACUGCUGCAUCAGUCUGAUGUAGUCAUUAUGCCUUUAAGAGGGAGAGAGUCUUAUCUGUUCCAGUGGCGUUCAGGUUAACUAUUUUACUGCACUAGACUUUUGACAAAGUCUCAGUCUUUGCAUCAGAAAUAAAGAAUGUGGAAAAAGA